CUUUCUCUCUCUGCUUCAGGCUGCAGCCUCACAGGUCAGCCUCACACAGCCCUGCCAGGCCAGCAGCAGCAGCAGUUCUGAAAGGUCCUUGGCAGUGGCCGAAGAAAUGCGUAGCCUUAUCCCAGAGAAGAAAUGCCGCCAAGUGCAAGAGGACCCAGAUCCCAUCAUGAAAGGCUGGCUGCAGAGGGAGGUGCGGGGGGCCAGAAGGGCCCCUUGGUGGCGUCCCCGCAGGCUCUGGUUCGUGCUGACCCAGGAUUCACUGGACUGCUACAGCGGCUGUGAGGUGGGGGCCCCGUGCCUGGGCUCCUUGGUCCUGACCAGCCUCUGCUCUGUGCUGUGGCCCGACAAGCAGACCUACAAGGAGACGGGAUACUGGGCAGUGACGGUUUUUGGCAGGAAACACUGCUACCGACUGUACACUGAGCACUUGCAUGAGGCCGUCCACUGGGUGUGCGCUCUGCAGAAGGUCAUCGUCAGCCAGGCCCCUGUGCAGACCCCCACACAGCUUUUCAUGUCUGACCUGGAGGAGAACCACAGGAGUCCAGAGAUCCUGGAUCGGAUUUAUCGUAAUAACCCUAUCCUCUGCUACACAGCUGGCCCCCUCUAUGCACCCCUGUUGCCUUUCCCUUAUGGCGUCGAUGCCAGCAGCCGCGGCUAUGCAGCGCUUCGCGAUGAGGCUGUCAAGCUGUUCCACUCGCUGCAGCAGCUGGAGGGGGUGCGGGAGCCGGCUCUCCUCAUGCAGGGGGUGCUGCAGACCUGUCUCGACCUCCCUCCGUUGGUAGAUGAGAUCUACUGCCAGCUGGUGAAGCAGACUACAGAGCCACCUGCACCUGGGACCCCUGCCGACCUGCGUUACUGGCAGCUGCUCGCUUGCAUGAGCUGCACGUUUCGACCCUCCCCACCUGUCCAGGGUUACCUGCAGCUGCACCUCCAGCGGACAGAGGAUCGGUUCCCAGGCUCAGAGAUGGCACGAUACGGACAUUUCAUCAAGGAAGCUCUGCGCAAGACUGAAGGACGGGAAUGUGUCCCAUCGCUGGAGGAGAUUGCAGGGCUGAUGGGACACCAAGAAGUGGCGGCGUGCCCCGGGCCUUGCCCAAGCACAGCCAUGGCUUACCACACCACAGCACAGGAGCUUAGCUGGCGAAGAGCCCCACCGGAAGCCCCCUGGCAGACUCUGCUUCAAGCACUAGGGAUGCCCAGACAUAGACAGCAUCCCCCGUGACAGCCAGGAGCGCCUGCUGUUGUUUGAGCAGGACUGCCAGCCUCUGUGGCUUGUGCUGAGCCCCACGGGAUGCUGCCAGCUACGGCUACCUCGGACCACGUGCUGCAGCGACGGGGCCGGGGUGAUCAGGAACUCCUCUGGCACAUACCCCAGGCCAAAGAAAUUAUGCAGCUCUUACAGGCACGCAUAGCCAACAAAAAGCUAUCCAGUAUCCCAGUGGCCAAGCUCCAAGAGGGACUGCAUCUACUCAUCAGACUGCCUUUCCUGGACUUACUGCCUCUUUGUUCCCCAGGGCCAGUGCCUUAGCUGGACAGAUGCUGACAGAGCGAGCACCGGUGGUUCACUGUGCUCCCAAGGAGCUGUGCCUGUCGUCUCAUUUGCAAUGACCUGGAGAGGCUCUCCAGCCUCUUGUGAAAACAUGAUAGUUGUGCACUUUCUCUGUGUGCUGCUUCCCUGUAGCAUUCAGUAGCUAGUUGUUCCUAACACAGCUGCAGGCAGCUGUGCUUCUACACUGGCACCUUAUUCAUUCUGGUCCCACUGUGUCAGAAACACUAGGGGUGCAACAGUUGCCUGGACGGACCUGCCCAGUGUGGUGGCGUCCCUUUUGUAAAAAUCUUUUUUUUUUAAAAAAAAAAUAAUAAUAAUAAACGAGGAUGGAAAGUAA